GUCGAAUGAGCAGCAGAGAGAGAGAGAGAGAGAGAGAGAGUCAUCUGCAAGCAGCAUUGCGAGUUCAGCUGUGGACUGCGUGUACGAUGACGACGACGACGAAGCGAGGACUUCUCCGAGCUGACAUCGCUACAGAAUGUGCUGGACAAAUUAGAUGCAGAGAGCUAGCGAACUCAUCUUCCUUUUGCCGCAAAUUGUAUUCAGAGGUGACCAAAGUGUAAUUUGCAUUUGUGUUUCUAUUGAAGAGGUUGGAUGGGAACAUUUGGUGCGACUAGGUGACAAUUUAACAUUUCUCAGCUUCCGCAUCUUGGAUGCAAGUGGAAGGGUUCAUGUCAUGGAAGUUCAAGUGGACAAAACUUACCCCCGUUGUCCUCCUUCUAUCUCAGGGGAUGUACCAUAUAUUCCUAAAAUAGAAUGGUCAGCGACUUCAAGAUUGAAGGAUGCUGUGAUUCAGUUCAAAAAGCAUGUGGAUACACUCGAGGACUUUUGGUCCACAUUAGAUGAUAUUGACAACUCUCUUUGGGUUGUAAAUCCUAAAUUUUCAUGCCGAGCUAUGUGCCAACGUCUAGUCAAUAUAGGAAAUGACUGCAUUGUCGUGUUAUCUAUAAAUGCACAGAAUCCUAAAACUGUACCAGAGUGCCGUUUUAUGGGUCCAGAUUCUAGUAUAAGCCCUUUGAGAAAGGCGUGGAGCAGAAACUGCAAAAAAUGGAUGCAAGAAAAACCUUUCCGAGAAAAUCUGGUCUGUAUUUUGGGGUUUGAACUACCAAAGGCCCCAGAUACAGAGAAGGACGAGCAACAACUGGAAUGUGGAAUAUGUUAUGCUCAACAUCUUCCCAUUGAGGAUGAACUUGGAAUCAAGAGUGGGUGUCCAACGGACUACCAGUGUGAUAAUGCAAACUGCAGCAGAGCUUUUCAUAGUCUUUGUCUAAUAGAUUGGUUGCGGUCUAUCACCACAACUAGGCAGUCAUUCGAUGUUCUCUUCGGGAGUUGUCCAUAUUGUUCUGAGCCAAUUGCUGUCAAAAUCAACAACACUAGGAGCUAAAUCAAUGUAUCACAAUUUCAUUAUGAGGAGAGAUAUCAUGCUAGUGAGAGAUCUUGGUGAGAAUGAGCACCUUCCUCCCCCUAGAAUCAAUCCCUUCAAGUAAUUUCAUCCACAACCCUGUGUCUAUGACGUGAAUUCGCACUACUUAACGAGGGAGACCGUUAUUUUGUGGGCAUGCGGCUUUUGACCUA